AUGAAAUUGUGAGUCUCACUGUACUCACUCAAUAAUUGCUAGCAUUCUGCUGCAGACCGCUGACCGCUGUUCCAUGAUGGUCCCUACGUCAACAAAGUGCUCGAUAUCUAGAUGACAGCGCGGUAGUGGAAUGGAAGAGAGCGUACAUUAAUUACCGAGGGCUGAAGCGGCUGAGUGAGGCGGACUGCAUGGGGGACAUGAGUACAACGGUGACGCAUGACUCAUCCCCGCACCUCCUUGUGUUACGUGACAGUCAAACAGGUUGCUGUUCGGCACCAGACCCGCACAAGCCUCGAGCUUCAAAAAGCUGCCACCUCCGAGUCCACCGGCUCGGCAUUCGAAGGCUUGCGACGCAGAGCUCUCGGCAAAGGUGCGAGCAGCCACAGAGUCUCGGGAGUCUCAUACGAUGCCAGAAAUACGCUUUCAGAGGAAGAUGAUGGUGCUGCUCGACCCCCUUUACGCCAGCGCGAGCGCAGCGGGCAAGAACUCCCUCAGGUCAACCUCGCCACGACGGGAUUAGCCAUCGCUAGCAAAAGCACAGCCAGCGAUGUCAACGCAGCGGACGAAUUUGGACCUGACAGCGAUGAUACUCGCGUAGGAGUGGAGCCAGCCAAAGCUGGGAAGCUCAAGGGAUCGAGGACGGGCCCAUUUGACAAACGUGAUCUUGAGGCCCAAAGGCCGAACACUGCAUCAACCCUGGCCAGUGCUGGUCCCUCACGCAUUGCCGAGCCCUCGCUGAGAGCGCCCGAACCGGCACAUUUCGGCUCGUCUGCCGAAGCACAUCUUGAAGGCGCAGCCGGCCGGGGUGCAUCGCAAGACACCUCCUCCAAGUUGGCUGGGAGUGGAAAGGAGGAGUCAAAAGGCUCUCGCAACAAGAAGGGAGGCAAGAAAUGUACGCAUCUCUCGCAACUUCUUUGCAAUCAGAGCUGUUCGACUGACAAAUUAGCCCACCUGCCGUGAUUCAGCUGAAAAGCACAGAGUCUCACUUGACCAACUCAUUGCCGACAACUUUGACAACCAAGAGUCUAAAUUUUUCAGUGCGUUGGAGUUUGAGCACAAGCGUAUCGUCGAUUUCUUUGAAGCGAGGGAGAACGAAGCGCACAAGAAAUUCGAGCUACUGGCACGACAACUGCGUGAAGUAAGUGACGCACCAAUCAUGAAUGCCGAAAAGAUUCCGCUACCUAGCUGACAUCCGUCACCGCUAGCUCGCUGAUCAUCGUAGGGAGUACAAGGCGAUGCAUCCGCCCAACCUCUCAGACAAAGUGGCAGACAAAAUUGGAGUUGCCUCGAUCAUUCCAGUUGCUAAACGUCUGACGAGGGGCCUAGACAGCCCCCGCUCUUCCUUGCCGCCGGCCGCUGGAGCUGCUCUCUCUCCCAACGCCAAGAACGAGGGCAAGGUGGACCACGGGAAGCGGCGAGCAGGUGACGCCGAUGAGUCUCAGGACGAAGGCGAUCGAAGACGGUCGCUGGCGUUGCGGCGGCUUCUUGACGCUGGCAAUGACUCGGACGUCUGGAAUGACGAGGAGCUACGAAAACAAAAUCGUGCUGCCGCAAUGUCCCACGAUCCUCAGCGAUACACAGGUGAUUUGCAAGCAGUCAGCCAAGACAGACUCUUUCUGACAUGAAUGUUUCAUCCCAGCCGCCCGCAAGAAGCUCAAGGCUGCAGUGCUAGAAUUCUAUAGAGGACUCGAGCUGCUCAAGGUGAGAGGCGCUUGAAGGCAGCGCAGGUCUAGUGGCUGCAGGCUGACUCUCCUUUCCGAAGAAUUAUCGUGUUGUCAACUCCAUCGGCGUGCGAAAGAUCCUCAAGAAGUUCGAAAAGGCAACAGGCGUAACAGGCAUCAACGACGCGUGGUAUCAUGUCCACGUUUCCCGCAGUGUGCUUGUGACAUCGGACAGCAUCGAGAGGCUGAUUAAAGGCACCGAGGAAAUUGUGAGUGAACGCCCUAGAAUCUCAGCUCGCCCUGGUCGCUGAUCGUCAUUAGUGACACUCCGUCGACAGUACAGUGCAUACUUUGAACAUGGAAACCGCAAGCGAGCUGUCGAGCGACUGCGGGUAAAUGCCGGCACUGGUGGUGAAGAACAUCAUACGCAUCACAUGAGCGCCUCUCGAACAGGCUUUUAUUUGGGGGUAGCAGUCUGUGCUGCCGUCGCAGGUCUCGUGGAGGCAGAGAAGCAGGGUGGUUCGCGAUUCGACAUUCCGCAGUGGGAUCAGCUUUUGCGGGUGUACGGGGCACUCUUGUGAGUAGGCAGGCAAGCAACCUCGGCCAUCAUAAGUUGGAUUCUGAAACGCGCCUCUCUGCAGCUUGCCUACUUUAUUCGCGCUAUUAUUUGGUCUCAAUUUAGCAACUUGGCACCGGGCACGGAUAAACACUAGCUUCAUCUUUGAAUUUGAUGUCAGGCACGCGAUGGAUCAUCGACAAUGGUUUGAAAUGUGAGCUUCGAAAGACCCUGUCCACUGCUCUCGUCGUGUCACGGCUGAAUAAAACGACUUUUUGACGGCACACUUCAGCCCGGCCUUCCUCCUGCUCCUUCUCGCUGUGGCGUUUUGGAUCAGCUUCUUGAACCCUUUCCCUCGCGCCAUCGCUCCAACGACCUGGCCCCUCGUCUGGCUGGUCAUAGUCGUCCUCGUCCUUCUCAAUCCGUUACCGAUCAAUCUUCCCCACAGCCGACAAUGGUUCGUCAGAAGCUUGGUCAGAGUCUUUGCGGCAGGCUUGCUAUUUGGGGUGGAGUUCCGGGACUUCUUCAUCGGCGAUGAGCUCAACUCUCUGGCGUGGCCAGUAUCCAAUCUAUGGGUCAUUGGAUGCGAGUACAACAAGAGCUGGCGGCCACCAACGUGCAAUCCUAAUGGAACUUUUUGGACAGCCGCUCUCUCGUCAUUGCCUGCUCUACUUCGUCUUGGACAAUGCCUCCGGCGUUUUGAGGAUAGCAAAAGAACAGCUUAUCUUCAUCUGGUGAACGCGGCAAAAUACACAGCGGGCGUAAUUUUCUAUUGGUCGUACCUAAAUUACAGGUAUCACGGCAGCAGCAGGCAGCGCGACCUUAUCUUUUGGUGUUUCUUUGCUACUCUAUACAGCCUGUACGCCGGAUCGUGGGAUCUCCUGAUGGAUUGGUCGGUGUUGCGACCUCGUGCAAAGCACUGGAUGCUUCGUGAUGAAAUCACCUGGCCACCAGCUUUCUACUAUUUUGCCAUCAUCUCCAAUACCUUACUCCGUUUUAGCUGGACCAUUUAUCUCUUCCCUGGACCUGCAUCCGCAACACUGAAAGUCUUCAUCAUUGCGCUGCUGGAGGCGCUGAGGAGGCUGCAAUGGAACGUGUUCAGAUUGGUGAGCUGAAGUGCAUCGAUGAGUGUUGGCGAUCCGGUCUGACACAGCCCUAUCGGCCGGGCACGCGCAGGAGAAUGAACAUCUCGUGAGUUGAACACGCGGCAAUCCAUAUCUCUAUGAUAUCGUUCUGAUGCACUAUGUCGUCUCCCACGCUGCAGGGAAAUGUGGACAUGUACCGCACCACGCGGGAGACGCCUUUGCCAUACCGGAUCCCUGCUGCAGACGCAGUCGAUGAAGUUGAUGACCUGCCGCCUUCCAAACGAUGGCUCCCGCUUCUCGCACUUCCCGCAAUCCGUAAGCUUCGACGGAAACAAACCGGAGAGGUAAGCACAGGGGCGGACUCGGAGUCUUCUGACGAGCCCGAGCAGGCUUCACGCCCGCCUCCAGCUAAGGUCAUUUCGGGUAGUCACAAGGCGCAGAAGACCUCUGCGGUCCUUCCCAUCUCUACCGAACGUGCGCAGGGUCAGCCGUCCGUCCAGGUCGCUCAUUUGGAGCGUCAAGAUCAAGGUGCACCUGUACUCAGCAAAUCGCGCCUGUUGGACAAGCUUCACGACAAGCUCGUCCCAGAUCGAGGCGGAUAUGCAGUUCAAGGGCCGGGCAUCACGGAUCAAGGAGCGGCGCACGGUGCUCAAGCUCGGGACUAUCAGCCUAGAGCCGUGGAGGUCGAUGGUGCAAGUCGACUCAGCACUGAUGAUGGUGGUUCAGACGCUGCACUGGAUGAUAGUGAUCGCUGA